AUGAUACCAAGUUAUAGAAGUACAAUUUGUACUAUUGGAAGUUAUAUGCAGAGUAAUCUACCUUUAACAUUAGGUCCUAUUAAUUACAUUAUUUUUAAUAACUCUUUUCAACAAGUUAGAUAUAUAAAAAAACAUUGGAAUCCAAAGUUUCGUAAAGAAAGAGCACGAAAAGUUAUGAAAAUAAAAUUACCUGACUUCGAAGAAACAAAAACUGAUGAUGAUAUAGAAUCUGAUAAAAUAAGAACUCGUAUGAAGGAAUGGGGAAUUUUACCUCAAAGAAAUUGGAAUGAAAGACCCGUUCUUAUUUGUAGUACACCACAAAUAUUUCAAAGUUAUGUGGUUCCAGAAGGUGAUGGAAAAUUUUCUGCUAUUACUAGUAAGGGUGCAAAACAAAGAAUUGAAAUACUUACGAAAAAGAGUAAAUCUUAUCUUGCUCUUAGAAAAAUAAAGUCAUAUGAAGAAAACUACACAAAUGAGUUAUUUAUAGACCAUUUUACGAAUAUUUAUAAAGCAGCACAUGAAGCUUUAUGCAAACAAAAUAAAGAUGAGAUGCUUCAGUAUGUUACAGAAAAUGCAUAUCCUAUGAUGAUACAUAAUAUGGAAAACAAAACAAUUGUAUGGAAAUUUUUGGAAUCCUUGGAACCAGCACGUAUUGUACAUGCAAGAGUUGCAAGUGUUUUAGUAAAACAUAAUGAAUUUGCACAAGUUACUGUUCGUUUUCAUACUCAACAGCUUUUAUGCAUUUAUGAUCGAUUUGGGCGAGUAUUAUUAGGUAGUGAGACAGUAAAGAAGGAUGUUUUAGAUUAUAUAGUAUUCGAGAAACACUUAACUAAUGUAUAUGGUAUUUGGAGAAUACAUGGAAAGAUUAUACCAGACUGGAUGAAAUUGGAAGAAAUACCAUCAAAAACUUAUAUUUUACCAAAGGAGAAGAAAAAGCUCUCACCUUCUGAUGACUCUGCUGAAUCGAUUGUACAAGUAGUACCUCCAGAGACAUUAGAAAAAGAAUAUACUGAUAAAAAAGUAUAGUUAUCUCACAUACAAAUCUUUAUGUACAAAUAUUUUAUUUAUUUUUACAGUAAAAUAUCAAGUUUUCAAAUAAAAGAAUUAUGAAA